AUGCAACCAUCCCCUCUGCAUUGGAAUAGAAAUAGGGAAACUUUAUGUUUAAAAAAAUGGCAACAAAUCCAAUCCACUAACACAGCCCCAGACUUCCUCGGCGUAAAACCCACUGUCUCUCAAGCAGAUCUCCUCAAAGCCUUCCGCCAAAAAUCCAAACAGCUUCAUCCCGACAAGGUCAAACGUGCCUUCAUUGCGACCUAUUCCAUCAAGAAACACAAGCAAUCCCGUGAUUCCAAGGGCAAAAAACCCUCUGUGCACGUCUCCCGUGGACCCUCGGAACGCGAAAUCGCCCACGUCGUCAAACUCGCUACAGAACGCUAUGCGCGCCUAGGCGUCGUCAACAAUAUCCUCAAGGGCCCAGGGCGCGAACGCUAUGACCAUUUCAUGCGCAAUGGAUUUCCUACGUGGAAGGGGACUGGUUACUACUACUCUCGUUUCAGGCCUGGCUUAGGGACUGUAUUGAUCGGGUUGUUUAUUGCUUUUGGCGGGGCCGCGCAUUACGGUGCGUUGAUUUUAAGCUGGAAGCGGCAGAGGGAAUUUGUGGAUCGGUAUAUCAGACAUGCCAGACGUGCGGCGUGGGGUGAUGAGUUGGGGAUCCGCGGGAUUUCUGGACUGGGUGAAUCUAGUAGUGGUGUCGGUACGGGUUCCGGGACAGAUAUAGGUGAAGGCGCUGUGGCUGUGAAUCGUCGUCAGAAACGUAUGAUGGAUAAGGAGAAUCGCAAGGAAGCCAAGAAGAGUGGUAAAGCGCGAUCAUCUGGAUCAGCGACGCCCAGCGAGGGCGUGAUUGGCCCUUCUGGCGACAGGAAGCGCGUGAUGGCGGAGAACGGCAAGAUUCUUAUUGUUGAUUCUGUGGGGAAUGUGUUCUUGGAGGAGGAGAAUGAGGAUGGGAAGAAGGAGGAGUUUUUGUUGGACAUUGAGGAGAUCAGGAAGCCAACUAUAAGGGAAACAUUUGCUGUUAAGGUGCCUGUGUGGGCGUAUCGGAAGACUGUUGGGAAGUUGAUGGGUGGCGGCCAUCUGGGAGAUGAGGGCGGAGAGGUGCUGGUUGGAGGGGGUGUGGAUGCUAACGUCGAUGAGUCUGUGGAUGUGGGCAAUAAGAAGCGGUCUAUUAACGGCACGCCGAGAAGAAGGGGGAAGAAAAGUUGA